UUCUCUUCUUCACCCUCAUCACCCCUCUGUUAGUCGGGCUCUCUCUGCCCUGUCAGCUUCCGCAACUAUUACCCCGACUGUCCAGAUGGAUCUAAUAAUCUCUGCGGUUUUACUUUACCUCCAUAUAGUCACAGUGAAAUGUAACCCCGGGCCGUUAGUGGACGUUGUUAUCGACCGGUACGACAUACCGAGAGUUUGUCCUCGCGAGGUGAAAACAGAGGAUUUUAUCCGUUAUCAUUUUAACGGUUCCUUCUAUGCAGACGGGAAAAAGUUUGACUCCAGUCAUGACCGAGGCAAAGCCUUCAUCAGCCAGGUCGGCCUGGGGAGACUCAUCACAGGGAUGGACCGUGGUCUUCAGGGCAUGUGUGUCAAUGAACUCAGGAGGAUCACCAUCCCUCCACACCUGGCUUAUGGGAGCAUAGGAACAGGUGGUGUAAUUCCUCCUGACGCUGUGUUGGUGUAUGAAGUUCUCCUGCUGGACAUAUGGAACACUGAGGACAAGGUUGAGAUCCGCACACUUGGCAAACCAGCAAGCUGCAACCGCACCACUGUGGCAUCGGAUUUUGUGCGUUACCACUAUAACGGCACCCUGCUGUCUGGUGCAGCCUUCGACUCCAGUUACACGAGGAAUGCGACCUAUGACACCUACUUGGGUAAAGGCGACCUCAUCAAAGGCAUGGAGGAGGGUCUGUUGGGCAUGUGUGUUGGGGAGAGAAGGGUCAUCAUCGUCCCACCCUUCCUGGCAUAUGGAGAGACCGGCCAUGGAACUAAGAUCCCUCCCCAGGCUACGCUGGUGUUUGAGGUGCUGCUGGUUGACGUAUUCAACCCAAAGGAUGAUCUGAUUGUGGAGGUGAAGGAGGUGCCUAAAGGCUGCGACCGCAAGACUGUGACUGGAGAUUACAUCCGCUACCACUACAAUGGUACCUUCCAGGAUGGAACUGCUUUUGAUUCCAGCUACAAGCGAAACAGCACCUAUAACACUUACAUCGGCAUGGGAUAUGUGAUCAAAGGGAUGGAUAAGGCUCUGCAUGGGUUGUGCAUUGGAGAGAAGAGAAAGAUAACCAUCCCUCCUCACAUGGCGUAUGGUGAAGAUGGAGUCAGAGACUUCAUCCCCGGCUCUGCUGUGCUGGUCUUCGACAUCCACGUCAUAGAUUUCCACAACCCCAAAGACUCAGUUGACAUUAAAGUUACUCACAAGCCUCAGGAAUGCAAAGUGACCAGUGAAGCUGACGAUUUAAUCCAGUAUCGUUACAACUGUUCCUUGAUGGAUGGCACCCUGCUGUACUCCUCGGACCAGUACGACUCACCUUCCAUCACGACUCUUGGAGCGAACAAGGUGAUCUCAGGGCUGGAGGAAGGUUUGAGUGGUAUGUGUGUUGGCGAGAAGAGAGAGGUGAUCAUUCCACCACACUGGGGACAUGGUGAAAAUGGAGCUGGAGGAGUUCCCAGGAGUGCGGUGCUCUUCUUUGAGCUGGAGUUAGUGAAGCUGCAGAAGGGCGUGCCAGAAGGCUACAUGUUUGUGUGGCUGGGAGACGGCCCUGAUCCCCUCUUUCCUGCUAUGGACCUUAAUGGUGACAAGGAGGUACCUCUAGAGGAGUUUUCAGCCUUCAUCAAGCUCCAAGUGCAAGAGGGUAAAGGUCGUCUUCGGCCAGGGGUCGAUGCCGACAGCAUCAUUAAGGACAUGUUCAACAGCCAGGAUCCCAAUAAAGAUGGGAAGAUUGUAGAAUAUGAACUGAAAGUUACGGUAGAAGACGAGUCUGAAAAAGUAAGAAGAGACGAGCUGUAAAGGGGACAUACAGUAUUUCAUUUGUGGUAAGAAACAGGCAUACAGUGGCGGAGGUUUUACCGUCAUUUUAGCAGCUGUCAUGCAACUAUUUUGAAGAUGUUUCAGAGACUGAAACGUUAAGUCUUCUUAAGACAGAGAGUUCGCUUUGCUAGAAUCUGUUAAAAUAUGUUGUACGCAGGAAAUAGGUGUUUCAAAAUGUGAAAGGGAAGAAAAAUGGUCUGUGGGGAAAUUGGGUUCUUUUGGAAAAGGCACAUUUGAGUCAAAUAUUUACAUUGUGCUACCUAAGAAAGCAUUUGGGCUGGGCCCUUUCUCCAGAAUAUUACUAAAUAUGAUUAGUAGUCAUUGCAGUGCCUCUUAUAAAAAGGAUGAAAACUCACUGGUUGUACAGUAUAUUUGGGGGUGGUUAGUUUGUACAAUACUAGAAAAUCUAUUAUAGAUAAUUAUAUUACAAAGUGUGCUGUGGAAACAUGAAAUAAACUGUUUUAUAGUAAAAUGAAGACGA